AAGCUGGAGCCCAAAAAUAACACCUGGUCGCUCAGAAGGGCUCCGGAAAAAUGGCUUCCGCCGUCGGAUUUGACAGGAGGCGGUUGCGUGCGCCGCUGUGAGGGUGUUUAGCGCUCGGUGAUGGCGGAGAUGUCGGCCCCUGUGCGUUACGAGGACAGCUGUGGACCCGCAGAGCUGGGGCUCGGUAUCUCCGUGUCAGCCUCCAUGUCGUGGCUGCCGGACAAUGUGCUGCUCGAGGUGCUGGGCUUCCUGUCAGUGCGGGACCUGAUCCGCAGCGGCCGGUCAGUGGUGAUGGUGUUUAAUAAUGGGGGUGGGGGUAGGUUUGUGGUUUUAACUCUUUGGACGCCAGGGAAUCUGCCUAAUGGCAGGUAAAGGGUUAAUAGACCUGACCCUGGGGGGGAGGAACAUGACGUUUGAGGAAAUUUGGGUGGACGUAGGAGGAGGCACCUGGAGUAUGGCAAUCUAGAGAUAUCCAGAGACUGCAUUUAAAGCAGCACUGUCAUCCCUAUGAAAAAUGGGUAUUUCCUAAAGGCAAAAUUCUGUGAAAUACUCAUUGUGACUGUGUUAGAAAUUCACCGAAAUUCCAGCCCAGCCCAGAGAUAUACAGAGACAAAAGUAUUGACUACGCUGUAUUUCUUCUCCGCCUGACGUCCCUUGUCACAAUGCGGAGCCCAAGUGCAAAUCGCCGCAGCGGUCGUCAGUGAUGACUGCAGGGAAUUAUUAUUAUUAUUAUUAUUAUUGGUAUUUAUAUAGCACCAGCAUAUUCCAUAGCGCUUUACAAUAUUAUACUGCGGCUAUAGACCUCAGUACUGUAUUUUAGCGCACGUACAAGAUGCGAGCGCCGAGAAGGACCACGGCGAACCACCACGACAGCGGCGCCCGCGAGGGACAUGUUGAAUGAAGUAAACUCUCCUUUACCUGCCCUCCCCUCAGCCACUGGACACACAGCGGCAAUGUCACCAUUGGGAAACUUUGUGAAUUUGGCCAAGUCCCCAAACGUUGACAGUGCUGCUUUAAUAACUGUCCUGUGAUCAGCUGCAAAGCCAAGAAAUAAUCACUGACCUAUACCCUCAGUAACACCUUGGAGGCCAGGCGCACUAUUUAUAACUUCUCUCCUUAAUGCAAAUGGUCUGUAUCAAUUAUAUAUAGUAGAAAGAAAAUCAGUCAUCAAACCGAGGCUUUUUAUGCAAGAGUCCUCCUUGAUUAAUAAACAUGUUUCUGUAGUAGAUAAAUUCUUCAUAAAGUAGGGUAUAGUACGUAAGCGUACAGUAACCCUAUGUGUCUGGAAUAACACAGAGGCAACACUGCAGUAUCGCUUGGGACUAAGUAGGUUGGCAUUUCACAAAGGCAACAUUGGGAAAAUAACUGCUCAUCAAAGGACACUUGAAUUCAGUAUUGUAAAGUGCUGCAGAAUAAGUUGAUGCUUUAUAAAUGCCAAAUAGUAAUAAUAAAAUGAUCAUACAGUGGAGGAUAUGACAGGCAAGUUUCUUCCCAGCAGUGUGCAAAAUCUAUACAUCUGUAUUAUUGUAGGGGGCUCAUGGGAUAAUUAGCAUUGCAGUGCUUCUCGUGUGCUGUUCCCUUAGUGUGGAUAUUAUAUGGAUGCUACAGUGUGCUGUAGUGGUUAUGCUGCUCCGUCAUUGAGUCCCCUAAUUGUAAGUAGUCAGACUGUUUUUAGAACGGUUUGACUAUUUACCUCAGGACUGCGGGCGCCACUCCACAACGCCUGUAUAUCUGAUGGAGAUCCAGAAAAUGAGUGAGAAUUUGUAUUCCUGGUAAUCAUGGUGUUUAAAAGAUCACCUCACACCCCAGAAAAUGCUGAAUAACUGCACAUGCUCUCAACGUUGUGAAUCACAGAUUAGUGGAAAACUGGAAAGCUGACUGUUAUCACAUUAUGGAUAACACCAGCGGUUCCCUAGAACUGCUAGUUGUACUUUUUUUUUUUUUUUCUGCUUCAUUUUUUUUAAGUAAUAUUCCUGUAAGUGCUGUGAUCUUUACAUGGAUGAGAAGACAAAGGGAGAGACCAGUAGCAGCUGUUUUUUUAACCCCCUUCAUACUUUUUUGGGGGUAAUCACGUCUCUAAAUUCAGCUAUCUCCGUUUGAAAAUCAUAAAUGAAUUUACUAAUAUUUGUGAACUUAGCUGUUGGGUGCUUCAUUUCCCAUGCAUCCAUUAGAAAAACAGAGCAGCAAAAUGAAAUUGAAGACUAGAAGUGGUAAACGAUGUAAGUGCCAAAAAAAUUCAAACUUCGUUUUCCACAUUUAAGUGUCAAAUGAGCAAUGCUUCUUAAUCUGGUAAACGUAAAUAAGUGCCUGUUAGUCCUCUAAGUAGUUUAAAAGAGUGUAAAAUCGUAAACGUUGUAAGUGCCAGAUACGUGCAAAAAAAUGUAAUGCGAUUUCCCAACGUUUUCGCUUUUAGCACUUACUACGUUUACCACUUUUAGUCCUCAAUUCAGCUUCAGCCACAAUGGUAGGCAAUCAGACAUAUUAUUUGUUGACUUUAAUUUCCUUCUUCAUCUGUUUUCAUUUGGCUGCCUGAGAAUUACAGGACGAACUCCAUAACCGCUACAGCAUACAUCUUGUAGACUUUAUUUACUAUGAUACCCAGCCAUCCAUCAUACUAACUGGCUUUCAUCAUAGAAAACAUAGCCCACAAGAGUUACUGUAACACUUUGCAACUGAAAUGAAAAAUAAUCACCCCUGCACAUACUCAUUGCAUGUGCUUUUAGUAGGCAAAUGCAAGUGUGCAUUUUCAAUAUUUGGUUCUGGAUUUCAGCCAUCUGGUAGUAUCUGGACAAGCUGAAAUCUGGUGAACACUUGAGUCCAUUCUGAAGUUGCAUAACAAAAAUGGAGCCCUGUAAUUACCCAGAAGGGUGGGGACAGCAAGGGCUGAGAACAUAGACAUAGAACACAUAGAUGCUGCACGUCUAUGGCAUUGUGUGUUGAGCGGCGAGGAAUGUGGCCGCCAUCUUGGAUCGGUCGUCGCUCUACUGAAGCUAUUGAAGAACCCUUAGAAAGUCCAUCUCACAAAAGGUAAGUGAAGGACUUGGGGCACUUAAUACCCCUACCCCUUAAUACCCCUACCCCAGGUCAUUAAUACCCCUACAGUGUUAAUACCCCUACCCCAGCACACUGUGUAUUAACACUGUGUGUGCUGGGGUAGGGGUAUUAAGGACUAUGUGUGCUGGGGUAGGGGUAUUAAGUGCCCCAAGUCCUUCACUUACCUUUUGUGAGAUGGACUUUCUAAGUGUUCUUCAAUAGUUUCAGUAGAGCGGCAACCGGUUCAAGAUGGCGGCUGCAUUCCUAGCCGCUCAGCACGUAAUGCAGCGUCUAUGUGUUCUUUGUCUAUGGCUGAUAACCACAUGGGGAGUUUAAAGGAGUGCCAGGGUAGCCACUUUGAACUGGUCUGGAAGUGUCACUGAAAUAAUUGGACAACUCCCUGCUAGGAAAACAAUAAGACAGGAAAAGGGGAGGGGAAAAGGCACAUACAACCUGGACAAUCAACAGAUUCAAUCCAAUAUACAGGACAAAAUCAUAUGGGGAAACAUAUAGGCACUCCUAACAAAACAAUAUCAAAAAGACAAAAGGUCUCUGGGAAAGGGGAUUCUGUUGUAAAACAACAAACGCCCUUCACCCACAGGGACAACAGCCCCUUUUAGGGCCUCUCGAACCAGGCCCAUAGUCUGUGGGCAGGAGGCUAGCCUUUACACCUCUCCAAAAGGCUGUGGCAUGGGAUCUUCCGUCACACUCUUCUAUGUCAAAAAUAAACAUCCACUGAUCUUAACAAUAUUGCCUAAAAUAUAAUUCAAGUUUUAGUAAACAAUCAUUAACUCUUAAUGAGAAUUAUAUUUUAUCUGUUGUAUAGGGUCUGCAAGCGGUGGAAAAGACUAGUGAUGGACAAGACCCUUUGGAGAUAUGUUGAUCUAACACCUUACAAGGUAUUUUUGUGUUUGUUUUUUGUUCUUUUGUUCUAACCCCUUAAGGACCAAACUUCUGGAAUAAAAGGGAAUCAUGCCAUGUCACUUUUCCAUCAAUUGCAACAUAAGACAUUGAAAAUAUUCUAUAACUUGUUUUUCAUGAAAUGCUCUGUUUUCGUUAAAAUUUAUAUUAAAACAAAUUUGCAAAUUACAUCACAAUCCAGAUCAGACAAGAUAAAACCAGGGCAAACACUGCAAAUGAGAAGGAGAAAUUCAAACAUUUUUCUAUUUCUCCUCUUUUGUAUAUGCUGACAGCCAAGUACAAGGACAGAGUUUAUCGCAUUAAUUGACACGGAGCUAAGAGUACACUUGUCGCACUCACUGUGUUGAAUGGCUAACCAAUUAAGGUUUUGGCCACAGUAACCGCUAGGAGGCUCACUGCUUUCUCGGUGAGACUUGGUCACCGCAUGGGGUUGUAGUGCGGACGUUCUUGGCGCAUGUGUGGAGGAAAAAUAGGAAUCUCACUUUGAGAGUUUCAUAAAGCGAGAGGAUAUCCUAUCAGAGAUGAAAGAAAGGCAUGCAAUGAAGCGUUCUAAGAGAGCGGUGGAGAGAUCAGGAGAGGAGAGAUAUAUCUGGGUGUCAUCGACAUACAGAUGGUAGGGGAAUCCAAAGGAAUUAAUAAGUUUGUCAAGAGGGGCAGAGUAAAGAGAAAACAAAAGAAGGCAAAGAACAGAACCUCGGGGGACUCCAUCUGACACAGGAACGAGGGUAUGUGAUGUCAUUAAAAAAAGAGACACGGAAUGUUCGGAGAGAUUGGGCGAGCACCAUGCCAGUUCACAGAGACCAAGUGAUUGAAGGGUUUGAAAAAGGACAUGAUCAUCCAUAAAUGCUACCUUUUAAUAAGGGUCUGGCUGCUAGCUCUGUGUCCUUAGUGCCAACUUAUGAAUGUUGUUUGGGCAGAGACUCUGCAUAAGGCUUUUAUACAAAGCAUAAAAAGAAUUGUUCAGUUGACUCCUAAACGCUCCUUUUAAGCAGCACAGUCACCGCCUGGGGACUUUGCAGAAUUCGCAAAUACACCCUAUGGUGACAUUGCCACUGGGGGGGGUCUGGUGGUGGAUGAGGCAGGUAAAGGUGAGUUCUACUUACCUGAACCUGCCCACCCCACGCUCCAACACAAGCGCCCAUCUUCCUCUGGCUUUGAAGCACCAGGAGCAGACAUCAUUGCUGUACGCUCAUUCAUGUACCUUCGUAACUAAAAUGCUCCAUUCCUUUUAUCAAUUCUUUAGAACAGGUGCCCAAAAUUGCACAGCAUAUAUCAAGCAUUAUAUCAAACCUAUUCAAGGUUUGGUCUUACCAGCGAUUUAUGAAGAGGCAAAUUUAUAUUUUCAUCCUGAGAAUUUAUGCCCCUAUUUAUACAUGACAAAACCUUACUGGCCUUGGCAACUGCAGAUUGACAUUGCAUAUUGCUGCCUAAUUUGUCUAUAACAAUUCCCAAAUCCUUCUCGUGUGUGGUUAUCCCUAAUUUUCUACCAUUUAGGGUGUAAGUUGCUUGUGCAUUCUUGACCCUGAAGUGCAUAACUUGUGCAUUUCUCUACGUUAAAUUUCAUCUGCCGUUUUAGUGCCCAGUCCCCCAAUCGAUCCAAAUCCCUCUGCAGCAAAGCAAUAUCCUGCUCAUGUUUUAUUACUUUACAAAGAUUUGUCUCAUCUGCAAACACUGAAACAUGGCUUUCAAUGCCUAUUUCAAGAUCAUUCAUACAUAUGUUAAAUAGAAGCAGUCCCAAAACUGAAUCCUGAGGAACACCACUUACCACUUUUGUCCAGCCUGAAAAUGUACCAUUAAUGACAACUCGUUGUACUCUAUCCUUAAGCCAAUGUUCUACCCAAGAACAAGAAUAAUCAUCUAGACCAAUUUCUUUUAGUUUGAAGACUAACCUAUUGUGAGGAACCGCAUCAAAUAUGUAAUUUAUAUCAAACCUAAUACAAUUGUGACAGUUUUCCUUUUAGGCUUCACAGUGAUGUCAGUUACAAGCUCCCUGCUUUUGGCAGGUAUUUACAGGUAGUCCUCAUUUUACAACUUACGUUUUUAAUGACCGCUCAGCCUUACGACCAGCUCUCUAGGGUGGGGAUUUGAAGGGUUCCCCACGUUAGAGAGCUGGUCUAUGUUCAGGGAAUUUUCCAUGAACAUAGAUUAGGGGGAUUCCCUGCUCUGGUGCGUUUGUCUACGUUUGGGUAAAUAUCCCCAAACAUAUAAAAAACAAAAAACAAAAAAAAAAACACACACACAGUAGAGCAGGGAAUCCAUCUUAUCUAUGUUCGGGGAAAUUUCCCUGAACAUAGACCUGCACUGGUGCGCUCCUCACUUACUGACCAAUUUGUUUUACGACCGAGUAGUAAGAACGUAAGUGAGGAGUGCCUGUACAUCCAUACCUCCCAACAAUGGAAGUAUGGAUCCUGGGUUAGGAUUCGCUGGGCUUAAGAGGUAUAGACCAGGGGUAGGCAACCUUUGGCACUCCAAAUGUUGACUUCAUCUCCCCUUAGAUUAGAUAAUUUCAUUUUCUAUGGCACUCCUAGGAAUAUGUCUUGAACGGUUUAUUGGGACACUCCAGACUUAAAAUUAUACCCUUCUUUUUCAUAUAUAGAUAGUCCGUUUAAAUGUCAAAAACUAAUUUUUUUUAUUUUUUUUUUACAAUCUUUAUUUGCAUUUUCAGAAUAAAUCUUUGCAGUUCGGUGUACAAUUUACGACAUUCAAGUAACAAUUUGUCAUAUUGCAAGACAUGGUAUCAGUCAUAUUCAAUAGUAUAUCGUAUGGCAUCGACCAGGGGUCCUCAAACUCCGGCCCCCCCAGAUGUUGUUGAACUACAACUCCCAUGAUUCUCUGGCUAUCUAUGUAAUUCAAAGAAUCAUGGGAGUUGUAGUUCAGCAACAUCUGGGGGCCGGAGUUUGAGGACUCCUGGCAUAGACAGACGACAGUAUUUGCCGUAGUUUGACAUAAUCAUCUAUUGGGAGGCCCUAAUACAUCUCCAAACUCCAAUCCUGUUUCCAUAACAAUUAUUUUAUCUCCAUUAUAGGAAUGGAAUUCUAACUGCUUACAGUGGUGUUCUAUAGGGCAGUACUGGGUCGUUAGAUUAGCAAUUUACGCCAUCAGUGUACAUUGUUUUCCUUUCAGUACAUGACAUCAUCAUAAUGGGAGUAUGUUUGGAUUGGAAUAAGUAUUUGGGCCUCGGGAAGCAUAGGUACUUUGCAUUAACCGUGUCCUUAUUGUUCGAGACAAUGCAGAUCUUCUGUUUGUCUAGAGGAAAUAAAAAAAAACAAAAAAAAAAACCUAAUUUUUAUUGUUGCUAUCCUGUAGCUCUAGCAAUAUUUUGAUCCAAUUUUCUCAAAACCUUUGAGGGGCUAAGAAUCUUUCAGCCAAUCUGAGAUCAUUGGUGCAGUCCUAUGGUGACCAUACAACCUGCACAACUUAUUUGCAAAUUAAUUAUCAAGGUAAGAUAACUUACCUUACUUAAUAUGGAUGCUGUAGGGUUGCAGAAACAUAUUCAAUUAUUCAGCAAAAGUUAGAAGAUUUUAGCUGAAAAUAAAUGUUUAAGUUUCCAAAAUCAAAAUGGACUACCAAAGGCAGUAUUAUUUCCCAGGUACAUGUACAGUACUCCUGAUUAUACCUCUGCAUUGAUACCUAGUGAGCUAGAUGUCGGCAUUAUGAUGGUUUUGUUUGAUGCUAUAGGUUUGGCAGGAGAUUCCAAAAGAUAAAUAGCUUUAGCCUUACAAAUCCAUGAUUAUUUGCCAUUGUAAAGACCAGCAUGCCAUCAUGGGAUUUGUUGUACAAGACCUGAGGAUCUACCUUUUGGGAAACACAGAGUUACAGAAGAAAGAUCUAAAGCAAAUCAAUAUUUGGUGUGACAAGCCUGUGUCACGAGUGUCGGUUCGGAAACCGGGGACCCCUUAGUGCCUGAUGAGAAGUUGGGAGUCUUCAGGGUGGAAGUGGAUUAUCAGGGCCUGGUGCAGGGUAACCACACGCCCUCUGGUGUUGAGCACCAGCGUUUGUGCAGCCACAUACCACGUCCCUGAUACAGCUACUGCGGAUCCCAAGAGCUAGGAGAUAUGCAGACCUCCCAGGAUCUAGAUAGGGAGGCUCUGCAGCAGGAACCAGGAGCUUGGAUAUAAGCAGACCUCCCAGCAGCUGAAUAGGGAGGCUCUGCAGCAGGAAUGCAUCCAGUUCAGAAAAAAAGGUAAGACUAGAAGAGGUACCAAACAUGACGACAAGACAAAACCAGUAGGAACCAGAGAAGGACAGGAAGCCAAACCCAGAACAAGUACACAAUACAUAAGGGAAACCUUAACAUAACAUGGGCAAGACAGGACUGUACAUGGACUAGGAAUACAAAAUAAAACAAGACGAGAUAUAAUAGGCAAAACAAGAGGAGAUAAAACUAAGUACUAUAAUUUAAAACUAUGGGGAUUACGUUACAUUAUAUGAUCAUACAUUGCAUAAGUCUGCCAACUACGUCAAAGUACCCCAUAUUCAGCAGGACCUACACUAACUGCCUAAUGUCUGCUAAAUGAACAAUAAUAAAGCACAUACCUGCAAAAAAGGGCAGAGGACUUGAAACCACUGCUGCAGAUCCAGACUGAAACAAGGAUUAAUGGGAAAGGAACGGGUGUGGCAACACAAAACCAACAUUUAAAGUAAUCCAAGAGACUGGGAAUUCAAGGGACAGAAUACAGGAAUGAACCCAGAAAAACUCAGCUUAAAGAAAACCAGACACAGAACAGAAAACCAGAAAACCCCAAGAAAAACUAAACAAGAAUUUUAAAAAGAGUACUGGCUACCAGAAGCCAAGGCCAGACAUCUCCGCAGAACAUGGCAUGAUGUGACAGCCUGGUUUGCUCUCAAAAACAGCAUCAGUUCUCACUAAACUUCCACAGUUUUGUAAGGAACGUGGCACGUAGGUUUUUCCAAACAUCUUAGUUAACCAACGACCGUUUGUCUGUGGUUUUGUUUUCGGUUUACUCACCUUGCAUUAUGUUAAUUGAUAAAAAAAAAAUAUACUGCUAACAUUUCUGUUUUUCCUUUUAAGUCACUAUUAUAAGCUCUGUACUUUGCACCUGGCAGUCAGCAUAGAGAAAGCAUAUUGAAAUAGAAAGUAAAAAAAAAAAAAAGAAUUCUUCUCUUCAUUUGCAAUGCUUCCCUUUGUCUGAACUAGGUCAUGGUGGUGUUAUGAUGUUAUUUUCAAUGUUUUCAUUAAUGGUGUAGAUUCAAUAAAAAUCUAAGUGUUACGAAUAUGGGGUGACAAAACACGCAGAAUAUUAACCCUCCGAUAGGUAGGACAGUUACCUAAACCGGACCUUAGAAUGGCUGGACUGAAGGUAAAAUAAAAGAGUAUAGUCAAAACAGGCCAAAGUCUAAGGGAACCAGAAAACUGCAAAUACGAAAAAUCAGAACCAAGUCAAGGGAACCAGAAAUCAGAAUAGUCAGGGAAGAAGCCGAGUCAAAACCACAUAAACACUAAACACAAACACAAACGCACUCUUGGGACACUGGCAAGCUAGGAACCACAACAGGGCACUGAAACAUUGGCUAAGGGAGCUUUUAUAUGUUUGGCGACAUGAUUAAUGUAGUCAUGCCCCCAAAACGUAAGAGGGCGUUUGUAAAUCCCACCCAUAGUACUACCCUUAGUCGGACAUCGGCAUGCGUGCUCCGCGUCUGGGACACUAUCAGAUCGGCUAGGAAGGCUGAAGGAGGCGGUCCGCACGAUCGAAGGAACAGCCAAUCGGCAGACCGCCAAGGUAAGUAUAGAAUACCUUACACUAAGUUUCCCUUUGUAAUAGUAGUAGUCACACGUUUGUUGGUGACGAGCGCUUUCUAAAGCUUUAUUUAGUUUCCUUGGAUCAAAUCUUAAAAUAUUCAUGAAACUGUCACAGGAUGCAGAUGGUUUGAACGUUUGUUUUCUCCUAACAUGUUGCACAUUUUUAUUUGUUUUGUUUUGUCUGUUUUUUUUUUUUUUUUUGACAGAUGAAUCAACAGGUGCACCAAUUUUCAUAUCCUCUUUAUGAUCACUGUCACCUGAAACUGAUUCAGUACUGUUCAGUAUACAGACUUUUAAUUACCAUCUAACUAUUUUUGUAUGUACAAAUGCGUUAACCAGUUAUCUACUACUUAACUCCACUUUUGGAUUUCGCUUUUGGCACUGUAACAUUAUAUCCUGCGCAGUUAUGUUCACAAACUGCAGCCUACCAAGGAAUUUAUAAGAUGAGGUGCUUUAAUCACAAAAGCCUUUCAGCCACUGUGCUGUGUGUUCAUUUCAUCCUAAUGUAACAUGUUCUCUUUAAAUGCACCUAUUAAUAUUAUUAUUUUUAUAAUAUUAUAGCAAAGGUCAGAUAUGGAUAUAUUGUGAUACCCUAUAUGAAUACAUAACAUUACACCUGAAUAAAAGAUUUAAAAAAAUGUUAUAAAAUAAUACACAGCAAGUAAAAAAAAUCAUUUAAAAUAGAUUCCAUUAUUAAUCCUUAAAAUCCCCAAUAUGUCUACAUUUUGAUUAAUUUUUGUAAGUUAUAGGACAAAUAUUUCGAGGAGUAAAUUAUGGUUUUAAUGCAAUACUGUUUCCUUUAGUGGUCUUUGCAUAUUUUGAAAGUAACAUACCGCUUGGGGUGCAGAGGCCUAGGGUUGCAAAGGAAGAUGAAUAUACCCCGCAGGUGCUGCCAUAUUCUAUUUUUUUUUUCCCAGCUCCUGCCACUUCAUCCACCUGGAUCCUCAUCAGUGCUGUACUUGCACAUUUGAGAGAGUACAACACUGAUGUCUAUAGAGAGACUCCCAAUAUACACCAGAGAGAGUGCUGCAGUUAUCCCCACAAUUUCAUCCUUCCCACUGAAUGAAACAGUGGGUAGAGGUAGACAAUUCAAAUGAGAAGUAUGUGUAUACCUAUGUAUGUAUAGGUGAAUAGCAGAUCGUAUGUUUGUGAAAGAGUGGCUAACAAGGUGUGUGAGACUAUAGCUAAUUAUAUUUUGCCUUUUUUUUUUUUUUUUUAAAUCUAACUUUUAACUUUCAAUCAAGCCAUGCAGUAAACUUUUCUCAAAAAACGCCUAUUAGGUACUAGAUUUCUGGAAUUGUACAUGCCAUAAAUGACCUUUUUGUGGAAACAAGAGACAGAAAACUAAAAAUUCUUUAAUGCGUAUUUGGAAGAAUUUCCUGUAGUUCUAAAAAAAAAAAAACUUACCUAGACAUUAUGGGAAACAUCAGCAGUAAUGCUAGCAUAGCUCUGUGUUGUAACAGGAUACAAUAGAAAAACAUCUGUUGUGUUUUAGUUAUUUCAUUUACAAUUACGGAAACCCAGUUUACAACUAAACUAAGUAAUAACUUAGUAAUAACUUACUAUCAACGAUAGUGGAUUCAGCGCUUCGUGUGUCAAUGGAAUAUUACAAGAUAUGUGUAAACGUAGGCAGCAACCUAAAGUAAAGACGUUCCCUCACAGUAUGUCAAAGGAGAAAAUCUAAGAGAUAAGGGAUUUUAGGUCGCGCCACAAAAAUAGAACCAGUAAAAAUAAAAAUAAAACAAGUAUGAUAAAUAUAAGGCAGAACAAAAUCUCUUGAUAAAAGAACAAAAUAGAAGCAAUACGGUAAGUACUUACAUAUAUUACAGAACAAUAAAUAUAAAUAAGUCCUAAGAUAAACAGGAAAUAUUCAGGUCCACUUGAAAAGUUGUAAAAAGGGAAUAGUCCAAACAGAGAAGUAAUCAGUAGUUUCUUGUUCCGGAUGGCAAUAUGCAACUAGAACAGAGGAAAAUUCCAAUAGUGUAGACUGUAAUUGGAGUUUCUUUAUGAAGAUACAGAACGAAAAAAUAAUCGCACUCACCUACUGUGGAGCUUGAACUAGCUCAGGUGUACUUUGCAAUCAGCGGUAUUGGUCCCCCACUGAUGGGAUGUAGGCGUAUGUACGUAGAGAGAGUCCUCGCGAGAAAAGAGGGUAGUACAAAAUAGUGCUCACUGUAUACUUGUAUAUAGCGUGAGAUAUAUAUACUCACAUUUAAGUGAGCAGGAUAUACUGCUCACUUAUAGAGCAUAGGUGGUAUCAUACCCACCUAGGAUUCUUGAGCACAGGGAUGCUUAUAUUAGAAUAAAUAACCAGGUCCAAGGGUAAAAUAAAAUAAAUGAGUAAAAUAUGUAGAAACUGGAAUAAAAAGGUAUAUGGCAAAGAGGAGAAGAUAUAUACUAGCCAAUAAUCCUUUAUUGAUAUAAAAUAAAAUAGUAAAAUAGCCAAAGCGCUGUGUGGCGAAACGCGUUCCUAUAAAAAUAAAUGUUACAAAGUACAAACAUUUGUUACACUUUUUUUUUUAUUUUUUUUUAUUGCUUUGGAAGGGCUUGAUAAUUGAUAAUUAAAUAACUGUCACCUCCAAUAAAUAUUAUAAUUCAUUUUAUUAUUAAAAGAUAAUUGAUUUUCUUUUUUUAUAAUGGUGAUGAGGGACAAUCCUCAAUUUAUGCAUUGCAGCACUUAGAGGAAGUGAUCUUGGCACACAGAAUCCACACUGGAGUAGAGCAGCCUGCAGCAGCUAUCGCAGCUCCUGCCCUUGACCUGUACCUAGCCAGUCCAGCCCCAACUAGACCCCAAGGAAGCCACCCACACCGCUAGAUAUACACAAAGCUGCAGAAGAAGCCUCCCCUUAUACGAAUAAUAAAAAUAGCCCACACGCAUAGUCUCGACAAACACAACACCACUGACAAUCCACAUACAUGCACACAGCCCCACAAGCAGCCUACACAUACACACACCACCAAACACUCAGUGUGACAUCAUCCACAAAUACAAUUACACAAGCAGACCCCAUACACUGGCCACUUUCGUAGGUAUCAUAUACAAUGCCACAAACUACUAAUGAACAUGCUUAAUAUAUAAAAUAUAAGUGUCCACAUAAAAACAAUGUUACACAUCAACUGAGGCAUCUAUAAAUAACACAAGCAGAAUACGGCAACAUACAGACCUUAAUUUAAAGAAAUGGGACUGGCAUGCCAUGGGACUUCAAGAAGUUUGGCACAGUACUAAUAAAAGGUUGCCUACCACUGCUCUAUAUAGUCUGUAUAGUCUUCCCUGGUUCACUCCCUGCACAGUGCAGUGACAUUGUCAGUCCAACUAACCGUCUAAUUCAAACACUGUCUGACCUAAGGUGCAUUCAAACCUUGUUAUAUAUUAAUAUUUACGUAUAAAAAAAAUCUAUUUGCCUACAAAAGUUGAUGAAAGGGCUAUUAAAUUUGAAUGAGGUUCGAGCCGGGCCCUCUUUCCACACAGGCACGCUGGACACUUGCCUGGGGGGCACACAAGGAUGGGGGCCCCAGCACUAUGCUCAUGUGCUCAGGCAGACAGGGGAGAUCCUUCGAUCUUCCCUGCCAGCCCACGGAGAGCCGGCCCUCCUCACUUCCCUCACCAGCCCAAAGGCCGUUUGUUGGUGAGAGGGACUGUGGGAGAUAUGACCCAGAGCUGCCGGAGAGAGAGGAACUGGGAGGCAGUUCCUCCGCGAACGUGCAUGUACUCAACAGUCUGUGUAUUCAGCAGCCUGUGUUUGUAUACUGCAGACUGUCUGUAUUCUGCAUUCUGUAUGUGUGUAUCAGCAGUCCGCGUGUGUGUAUUCAGCAGUCCGCGUGCUUGUAGUGUAUAAAUGUAUUGCAUUUGUUGGAGGUACCAAUAAAUAUAAGCUUAAUUUUACUGUUGAUUUAAAUUUUUUCCUGUGAGUGGUUGUGUUGGCAGGGCCCCAAUACACUGCUUUGCCCGGGGGCCCAUGAUGUUUUUAAGAUGGCGCUGGGUUCGAGGUGAGAGUUGUCCUUUAAUGCUACCCCUGUUUGAAAUGCAAUUUGAAGACAAAACAUUAGGGUCUAGUUUGAUUUUACUUAGCUCUACAGUCACUAUUGCAGACUGGUCAGUUUGGUUAAAAUAAAAAUAAAAAAAUGUUUUUUUUGUUUUUUUUCUUUAUACUGCUAUUAGUUUUACAUACUCAGAUUUUAAGUUGUAACAUGCUAAGUGGUGGCAUCAUAUGCCUAAUUUGGACUAAAUUAAUAUUAUUCAUCUGGAACUCCUUUAAGAGUGGUUAAACUUCAUAGAGAAACGCUGCAUAUAGAGACUUCAGGAAACAUUAGCAAUUCAAAUCGGUGAAGUGGUCAUGGUGCUUUGAAUAACCCUUUAACCUUUUGUAUUCUAAACAGCAGAAUUAGAAUAUUUUGCUUCUUCACAAUUGCGUUGCUUGGCAGCACAUUGGUGUGAAUAAUGUUAUACUUGAUCAAAUCUGGAUCAGUCUGCCUUAUGCUUUAUUGUAUUUCUGCUUACUGUGCAUCUGUGUACCUUUGCAUAGCAGUAAUGUUUAUUUUUCUUUAUUUUACAGUUGAAUUCAAAGAUAUUAUGGCACCUUGUAAGGCAUUGUAUUGGGACCAACUUGCAAACUCUUAAGGUCAAAGGCCUCUUGAAUUCAGUGAGUAAGCAGGAAUUCCUAACGCCAGCUGUCCUUCAGGUGAUAGAGAAACGUUAUUCCAGCCUGGAAAAACUUCAUCUGGAGGAAACCAACCUCCGAUCCCUAAGCUAUGAAUGUUUUCCUUCCAGCUUAAAAACAUUGGAGCUCUUCCAGUGUGAAAUCCCAUUGACCUGGUUCAGGACAUCACAAUCAAAGAAUAAAAGUCUACCAAACUUGGAGAAUCUCAAUCUCAGAAAUGUUUCGUCUUUCUCUGACCACCUCUUUCAGACCAUAUGCAAAUUAUCUUCUCUGAAGACACUCUGUCUUUCUGGUACCUACAGAGUAACUGACAUUGGAAUUCAGAAUGCGGUACCUUACCUGAAAGGACUACAACAUUUAAAAUUACAUGAUUGCAACAUUACGAACAUCACCUUGCACUUAAUUGGAUGCCAUUUGAAGCAUCUUCGAUCCUUGGCCCUUAGAAACUUUGGUUCCUUGACAGAUGCUGGACUUUCCUGUCUUUCUGAUGUUAAAACACUAGAAAAAUUAUGGCUUAAUUGCUGUUUUCGUCUCUCCUCAAACUGUAUUAUCUCUGUUUGUGGUAACUUGCCAUUCCUUAGCUAUCUCAACUUGAAUGGGAUUUUAUUUGAGGGCCAAGGUUUAGAAGAGAUUAGGAAAAGUUUGCCAAAUUGUAGAAUUACAAACUCUGUCUCUGAUGUGGAUACAAUGUUCAAAUUGUAAUAAAAUAGGGGAAACAGAACACUUAUUGGUACUAAACAAUAUAGCUUCUGUUCGCCAGAGUGCACUAUUCUGUUUUUGUAAAAUAAUGUUUGGUAAAUUAGUCUUACAUGAAAAAGCAUUAUGUAGAUGUUUCCAUGCCUUGAUAUUGCCUAAAAUUGCUUAGGUUUUAUUUAUUUUUAGUAGAAAUCAUGUUGUGUGUUGCUGUUGUUUUUUUGUUUUUAGUAUGAAUCGCCGAGGAACUUUGUAAUCUUUUAGCAAUGUGAUCUUUAAAUAUAAAACAAUUAAUAUAUGGGUAUUUUUUUACAUCUGUAUUUGUUCGAGUGUUCUUUACCAUAGGAUCACUGGAUCUAUAUAUGAGAUUGUAUUAGCCCAUUAGACAAAAUGCCAAAAUACCACAGUAUUGCAGAUACUUUAUUGGACUAUCAUAAUACUUAAAAGACUAGCUUUCCACAGUUGUGCUCCCUUCCUCAGAUCUGAAGCAAUACUGACCAGUGUGAUAGUUUAACACUUAUGAGGACUUUGCCUAAUUUGCAAAGUUUGCCACUGGAGGUUCCAGGGACUGUAGAGGCAUGUAAAGGGUGUCAGUUUGAUGCAGACCAAUCUUUGUCUCCAGUUAGGUGGUUUGAAUGCUAGUAUGGGGAAUUGAGGAAAUAUUUGAAUGUGGGGUUCGCUUAGAUUAAUGGCUGUAGAUCUUUAAUAAUUUGACAUACUUCUUCUAAAGUUGGGUUAUAGUUAACUACCAGCGGUAAUCUUAUUUUGUCCUCUUUUCUUUGUAUUGUAGGAGCCUUUCUUAUGGUGUUUUUAGGGCAGAUUUAUUUCUCUCUUUUUUUUUUUUAUAGAUAUCGUCGUUUCCUUAUAGCCCUUUCCCCAAAAUGACUGACUGUGUAAUCAGAUGUUUAUCUCUACCUCCUAUGUCAGAGCAAAUUCCAUAACUCAUUCUUCUCCUUCUGUCCAUAUUAUGAAUUUUAUUUCAAUUUAACAGUAAUAUUUAAAUGAUGCGUAGGGGUUUUGUACAUAAGAAUCUGUUUACUAGGUCAGACAUGAAAAGAUUGGGCUAUUGUGGUGACCUUUUUGUGCCCAUCGCUGUCCUGGUCAUUUGUAAGUAGCUACUCUAAGUGAAAGUGAAACUGAAAAUACUUCAAUACUCUGGUAUAUUGGCAUAUAUAGAUAGAGUAUUGUACUGCUUUAUUGAAGCAGUCUGUUGCAGAUACAAAGUGAGAUCGAUUUUGCAAUCCCAAAUCUGACUUUUAUCAAGUUCUUGAUAAAAGUCAUAUUUGGCACUGAAACGUAGAUUUUUGCUUUGUGACUUCAAAUGCCCCAUCCAUAAUUCACAAUUUAAGAGUUAGUGUCACCUCCAGUAGUGAUUCAAUCAUUUAGGCAUCACAAAAGUAUCAUUUGUGUAGAGUAAAUCUGGGCAUACCGUCACUUAGGAUAGUAAUCUGAUGGCAGGUAUACUGCAGUUGCUUUCAGUUUCCACACAGCCUCUGUUCACUAUUCAUGAACUGACCUAAGUUUUCCUGUCUUUCUCCCGGGUUGAGAGUGAACUCAGACAAAAUUCUGAGUGUUGUGCACUGAUAACAUACUGUCAUUUUCAGUUGGCUAAUUGGUAGGAGCUGGAGUUACAUCAUGCGGGAAAAAAAAAUCAACAAAAAUCCCUGAUCUGGCAAGGGUUGCUAUUUGAAGUGGGUAUAGUGCUUAGACAAGCCCUUUAAUGCUAUUUAAUAUAAAAUAUAAAUAUUUUGAGUAAUUGCUGAUUAGAUGGGUACUUGUCUAGAAAAAUAGAGAAAUAAUGUUAGAUUUAUUUUAAUUGGGUAAACCCGUUGCUGGCAUAUUCCAUUCACUGUCAGAAAUGGUUUGAAAAGGAGGGGGGAGGGGAAAGAGUGGAAAAAAUAUUUAAUUGUAAUUUUUAACUAGACUGUGGCUAUAUCUGCACCCAUGUGCCCUUCGUGAUGCCUAGCAAGAGGGAACUGGAAAUCUUUCUUUGUUGUUCACCUUUAGACAAUCAGAACUACUGUUCACUGAAUAUGUUGAUAAAAUGUAGUUAUAGCCUAGUACCUUCAGUGAUAGUAACGUGGUCAUUUACAACAGGUAACUAGAAGUGUGACACGAGACACAUGUAAAGGGUGCAUUUUCUAAUUCUGCAUAGGGUAAUUAUUGUGGAAACAUUGCUCAUUUGUCUGUGCGAAAGUGGACUUCCCAAGUCCAACUUGAGAUAUGCAGGUGAUGCACAACAGUAUUUUUAUUUAUUUUAAAAAAUAAGUUAGGAACAUUCAUUAGGAUUAAAAAUAGAUUUUAAGAUUGUUCAGUGUCUGACGACUUUGAGAACGAUUUUCAAAAUUAUAAAUUUGGCAACAAGUCAGCCGAACAUGUUAACUGUUUUUACUCUUUUGAUUGCAUCUCAAAGAUGUUGUUGCUGCCUUUUGAAAUCAACCGGCACAAGUUUAGAUAAGGAUCGUUGUAUAGUUCUGAAAUAUUACAGGACAAUGAAACUUUUUUUAAAGCCUGAUGAUAUUUAUGCUACCAUUGUAUAAGCUUUUUAAAAAUGUAUUGCAAAUGUUGAUUUAUUUCUUGCAAUAUUUUUUUGGCUGUCGAAGGGGAGUUGGCACAUGCUUAUAACUCGUUACUAUAUAUAUUUUUUUUUUUCUCAAAAGACCAAUAAGGUAAGAGAGUAUAUGAUAGUUGUAUGUAUGGAAUUUUGCCCAUUGCAAGUUCAGAAAAUCUAAACGGCUUUUAGUGGUUUUUGAGUGCAAAGGACCAGCUACUGUGUUUACCUGCCAGUUUGGGCCAAAGUCCAUUUUGUAAAUUCCUGGGUCUUCCUUUUUGUGAAUGACUAUUGCAGUGGAGGGAGUUGUUAUAUCUGGUUUCAUCACCAGCGCACAUGCAAAACUUGCAUUUUGAGAGAUUCUAAUAUUAUCCCUUAGAACGAUCUCCAACUCCUUUUUGUACAGUGGCAUAAGUCAAACCUCAGGGACAAAAGAACAUUCAUCAUUGAGCAGCUUUGCCUUAGGAAACAUUUCUAAUACUAAGAGAUUUGUCUGCAUGUAGUCAUAAGGAAAUGGAUCCUUUACGUCAGAUUCUGGGGAGCCACGUACAGGGGAUAUUUUACCUACAGUGACUCCAUUUUUUUGGUAGUUUUAACCCAGCAUAUACAGGGUUGUAUUAUUAUUAUUUUAGUUGUGAAAUAUUUAAAAAACCUUUGUUCGCAAAUAAUAUAAUCCUAUUUAACAUGAGAAAAUGUUUUCUUCUAGUUCAGUUUGCAAAUUUUGUGCACACGUUGAUGACUAAGGAAAGCAGGAAUUUUUGAAUCUGUCUGUUGUCCUUGUUUUUUUGAAACAAAACUAAAUGAAUAAACCUCCUUAAAGACAAA